AUGUCGACGGUUUUCCACGUAACGGUUCACGUCCGGCCGAGGGACGUGGCGAGGUUCCUAGAAGCCGCCGAGCCGACGAUAGAGAGGAUGAAGAGGGAGCCCGAGUUGAUGCACUUUGAGAUGUAUCAAGUGCAUGAUUCGCCUGGGACGAUUACGUGGAUUGAGAAAUGGUCUGAGCCUGUGGACUGGAUUAUGAAGCACCAAAUGACAAAAGACUACUACAACGAGUACUUCGACGCGACAGAACCAUUCUACGUCAAACCACGGGAAUUAAGGGUGAUGAGUUCGCUAGGGCCGCGCUAUACAUACCAAAAGACAUAA